AAAAGGAGGUUUAGUUGCAUUUACAGUUUAGAGAAAUUGUUGUUAAAAAUGAGAUGGUAAGAGAACGGAAUCUGUGCAAGAAUAAGAAAGUUAAUACACGCAUACACAACUGGCUUUAGUUUAAUGUACAGUAGAGAGUGCGCAUACAUCGAUCAGCAAGAUCACCGAAGAGCGAAACGAUAUGAACAAAAGAAUGAAAAUGACAAACAAAACACGUAACAAAAUAAGCAUAACUUGAUCGAAUGCUCUCGCGCGUACAAGAGACACGUAACUGCCGAGAGAAUCUCAAUGAACAGUUCUCAUUGAGGUUUCAAUUAAGUUGGGUGUGCCUUGCGUGUCAACGAUAUCCACACAUAUAUUCUCGAAGAACCAACAGCAGUAACCAAACACACAGUGCGUUUCAUAAAUCUCGUUUGUUUCGUUUCGUCGAUAAGACGGACACAAAGGAUGUGUUAAUAUAUCUCAUUUUUUUUUUCUCAUUCGGUCACUUUGCGGUUGGUGUGUUAAUAUACGUGUUUAGGUAUAACGCAAGUGGAUACCUGUUUUUCUCUCAUCGUUCGCUCUCGUCUGCGUGCAUGUUCUGUUGUUUUCGGCAUGAAUAAGUUUUGAAUAUUAUUAUUUAAACUAUCCUACAUUAGUGUGUUGUUGAUUUGAGUUUGUUAAGUUCGUAGUUGUCAACCCAGAUCGCCAAACUCAAGCGACGGCAAAACUUCGGUUAUUCCAGCAAAACUAAAAUAGCAAACAACUUUAUUGUGCAAUUCCAGAGAAGAGAAAGAAAACUGAAUCUUAGAAACUUAAUAAAAAAGCAUCGAUCAUACGUUACGAUUGUAGAUAUUUGAUAAAAUUUGUUGAAUGUGUGUUUCGUUUUAAAUAGUGUUAAUCCAGCAGUAUUUCGUGGCAUAUUAGUGGAAUGUUUUUUUAAUUAUGUGGGUGACUCAUCUAGCACACAUGAAAUAAAACAAGUUGAAAAAUUGGACAUUGUUGUUUAAUAAACAAAAAUUGAAAAUACAAUUAAUAAUUUUGUGAUACGUGUUUAAAAAAAAAAUUCUUCAAUCAUUAAAAAGUGGCAAGUAACGAAUAAGCUCAAAAUGAGUAACAAAGACGAAACCGAUUUAGUACGAAAUACCGAUUCGACGGAAAGUGGACAAACACUAAAAUCAAAUCAUAUGCAUGAUCUUAGCAAUGGUGAUACAGCUACACUAAAUGGUAAUUCCAAAAAUCCAGACGAAAGUAAUUUGCAGACGUCAAUUGCCGAAUCAACCGAACGAAAAUCAAACACACCCAGAAAUUGGGUGCAAUUCGAAAAUGAAGAUGACAAUGACAAGAACGAAUCUCCGAACAAAUACAAGCAUAGUUCUGUACAACAAACAUCAUCAGGAAGUGUGUCGCAAUCAUCGCAGCCACCGGUUUUGACAACCGAGAGUGUUCACAUUAAUAUAAAAAAUCUCCCAUCACCACAACAACCACAAAAGUCAUUAGCCACGUCUAGUCCAGCGGUUAUUGAAAUUGAACAACCGAAAAACAACUUGAACAAAUCGGUGACAACGUCUUUUUCAACGUCAGCACCGACGCCAAACGAACAAGGAUUACGAACAAUUGAACUAUCAUCGGGACGAGUUCGAGAGGGAUUUGCAAAUGGAGAUGUCAUAGUUUCGCUACUUCCAAUAAACACGAGGUGGCCAUGGAUUACGCCGGCUUUAUUUCGUCCAGAAUUGGUUCCGGAAGAGUUAAUGGCACAAGGGCUUACGCUGACUGUCGAGGAGUAUGUUCAUGCCAUGGAGACACUGGUCAAUGAUUUUCGAUUUACAUUGUACAAUGUAUGCUAUAAGCGAGUAUUAUUAGUUUGGGUUGUCUUUGCAUUAUGUGUGAUGCUCGGCUUGUUGUUCUCGGGUCUAAAAGGCAUUCCGUUGUUCAGUUUGGGCGUGGGAUGGCUAUUUUUAAAUGCGGCUGCCAUUUUUAUGUGCAUGUGGGUGAAAUUACGUUUGGCACGUGGUCUCGAACGAUGCUUAGCAUCGGUUAAUAAGCAACUAAUUCGUCAUAAGAUCAUAAUGGCGCUGGACGAUCGCGGUAGAAUAUCAUGUCAUAAAGUGAAUUUAUGUUUCAUGUACUAUGAUCCGGAGCAGUGUGUCAACUAUUUGAAUGAUUUUAUUGAACGUAGUGAGCAAAAUGGAACAACUAUUGAAGCCGGUUGGGAAUCUCGUCUAGAUGUUGAUGUUAAUGAUAUCAUUAUUCAGGGAAGUAAUACAACACGUGUUUCAAAGCGAAAGGCUGCGGGAGAAUUGCUAUUUUUGCGCUAUUUGCAGAGAUGGGGGAAGGAUUACCUCCGUCGAAGACUUGACUGGAUUUUUGAAGAGAAUGGAAUGCAUGAAAUGCCUCGCCAUCUCCAAGCUGCAUUAUGUCCUUGUCAAUAUGCUGAAGAACUAAUAUUGAAUAAACCGCGCAAAGAUGAACGUGCAUGUUGUCCGCGAUGCAAUGACUGGAUGAAUUCGCGUGGCAUUUCGAUAUGUUAACAUAUCAACCAUAUUUUUAUAUACACAAAAGACCGAUCGACGUCCAAAGAAACUAAUACAAGGGACAUACAACUAGGGACAAUCGAUUAAAAUCGAAAACUGUUCACGUCCAAGUUGACAUGGGAACCAUUUUAAAAUGCAAUGGACUCAAUUACGUUGAGUUUCCGUGAAAUAAACCCCUGCCCGCCCCCCAUAACCUUCAAAUCAACUAACAAACUGAAAUUGCAACUAACUCACCUACUAACACGUGAAUGUUGAAUGUCAUUUAAUGCUCGUUUCAUUUGGUCUAUUCUUAUUAGUUUUUUAUUUUUUUAUUUUAUAAGUUUGGUAGUUGGCUUGACGUUCUUUGUAAAUUGAUAGUUCGUGUUUGUUUUAAUUCACUUACUUAAUUUUCUUAUGUCAUCGUUUUUGUUUCGAUUUGCUUUCUUUUUAUUUCUCGUUUUUCCCCGGGUCCGAUUGUGGCAGGAACGUGCACUAUUGCUAUUUUUAAGAUAUGCAAGCCGAUGGGGCAAUCAAACUAUGCGUGGUUUUAUUAAAACCGGUGUUCAUGAACCAGCCCGGCAUGUCUCCCAAUACAUUUGUUU